GCGUCUUCCGUCGGAUUGUAAAAUGGCGCAUUAUCAAAACUGCAUAUUUGGCUGACAGGUUAAGAGUAACCUUUUGACAUGCGAAUCAUAAUUUGAUGUGUGCAUGCUCCGGCAAUACAAUAGUCAGAGAGAUUCUUUCAUAAAUGCGCUCGUUUCGUCUUUAAGACAGCUUGUUAGGUAAACAUCGGUUGUUAGCAUCUCUUAGCUAACAUUUAGCUUGCUAGCUAAUAAUCACUGCAGUUUAUUUCCAUACAGUUGCACAAAAUGGGCUAUUUAAAAUUGAUAGAGAUAGAAAACUUCAAGUCAUAUAAAGGAAGACAGAUCAUUGGACCUUUUCAUAAAUUCACCGCAAUUAUCGGACCCAAUGGAUCUGGAAAGUCCAACCUUAUGGAUGCCAUCAGCUUCGUGCUGGCAGAGAAGACCAGUAACCUACGUGUGAAAACUCUGAAAGAUCUGAUCCAUGGAGCUCCUGUGGGGAAGCCAGCAGCUAAUAGGGCCUUUGUCAGCAUGGUGUAUCAGGAGGAUAAUGGAGAAGAACGCUCCUUCACAAGAGUUAUUAUUGGUGCUUCCUCUGAAUACCGUAUCAACAACAAGGUGGUAGGCCUGCCUGAAUACAGUGAAGAGCUGGAGAAACUGGGUAUUCUCAUCAAGGCCAGGAACUUCCUGGUUUUUCAGGGAGCUGUCGAGUCGAUUGCAAUGAAGAAUCCCAAGGAACGCACAGCUCUGUUUGAAGAAAUUUCUCGUUCUGGAGAGCUUGCCCAAGAGUAUGAUCGGAGGAAGAAAGAAAUGGUGAAAGCAGAAGAAGACACCCAGUUCAAUUACCACCGCAAAAAAAACAUUGCUGCUGAGCGCAAGGAAGCCAAGCAAGAGAAAGAGGAGGCUGAGCGUUACCAGCGUCUGAAGGAUGAAGUAGCAAGGGCCAGUGUUCAGUUGCAGCUCUUCAAGCUGUACCACAAUGAGACAGAGAUUGAGAAACUGAACAAAGAAUUGGGUCAGAGGAACAAAGAGAUUGAGAAGGACCGUAAGAAAAUGGAUCACGUUGAGGAGGAGCUGAAGGACAAGAAGAAGGAGCUGGGUAGGCUGAUGAGGGAGCAGCAGACUAUUGAGAAAGAGAUCAAAGAGAAGGACUCUGAAUUGAACCAAAAGCGGCCACAGUACAUUAAGGCCAAAGAAAACACCUCCCAUAAGAUCAAGAAGCUUGAAGCAGCACGAAAGUCUUUGCAAAAUGCUCAGAAGAUGUACAAGAAGCGCAAGGCAGACAUGGAUGAGCUGGACAAGGAGAUGAGAGCAGUGGAGAUGGCCAAGCAAGAUUUUGAGGAUCGCAUGGAGGAGGAAGCCCAGAGCCAGGGCCAGGACCUCACCUUGGAGGAAAACCAGGUCAAACAGUAUCAUCGUCUGAAGGAGGAGGCCAGUAAACGUGCUGCCACCUUGGCCCAGGAGCUGGAGAAGUUUAAUCGUGAUCAAAAGGCAGACCAAGACCGCCUUGACUUGGAGGAAAGAAAGAAAGUGGAGACAGAGGCUAAAAUUAAACAGAAGAUUCGUGAAAUUGAGGAAAACCAGAAACGUAUUGAAAAAUUAGAGGAUUACAUUGCCACCAGCAGACAAUCUCUAGAUGAACAGAAGCGCAUGGAGGAGGAGUUGACUGAAGAAGUGGAGCUGGCUAAGAGGAGGAUUGAUGAGAUAAACAUGGAGCUAAACCAGGUAAUGGAGCAGUUGGGAGAUGCCAGGAUUGACAGGCAGGAGAACAGUCGUCAGCAGCGUAAAGCUGAGAUCAUGGAGAGCAUCAAAAGACUCUAUCCUGGCUCUGUGUAUGGUCGUCUGAUCGACUUGUGCCAACCCACCCAAAAGAAGUAUCAGAUUGCUGUGACCAAAGUUUUGGGGAAGAACAUGGAUGCCAUUAUUGUUGACUCUGAGAAGACUGGUAGAGACUGUAUUCAGUACAUCAAAGAGCAGCGAGGAGAGCCAGAGACAUUCCUUCCUCUCGACUACUUAGAGGUGAAACCAACAGAUGAGAAACUGAGAGAAUUGCGGGGAGCUAAGCUGGUGAUUGAUGUGAUUCGCUAUGAGCCCCCCCACAUCAAGAAGGCUCUCCAGUAUGCAUGUGGCAAUGCCUUGGUCUGUGAAAAUGUGGAGGAUGCAAGGAGGAUUGCUUUUGGAGGGCCAUACAGACACAAGACUGUAGCCCUGGAUGGUACUUUGUUCCAAAAGUCUGGAGUGAUAUCUGGAGGAGCCAGUGAUUUGAAAGCCAAGGCCAGGCGCUGGGAUGAGAAAGCAGUGGAUAAGCUUAAGGAGAAGAAGGAGAAACUUACAGAUGAGCUCAAAGAGCAAAUGAAGGCCAAGAGGAAGGAAGCAGAGCUUCGUCAAGUGCAGUCACAAGCCCACGGUUUGCAGAUGAGACUAAAGUACUCACAGAGCGACCUGGAACAGACAAAAACCCGCCACCUAUCACUCAACAUGCAGGAAAAGUCUAAACUGGAGAGUGAACUAGCAAACUUUGGCCCUCGCAUCAAUGACAUCAAGAGAAUCAUCCAGUCCCGUGAGAGAGAGAUCACUGACCUGAGGGACCGCAUGAACCUGGUGGAAGAUGAAGUGUUUGUGGAAUUCUGUAAAGAGAUUGGAGUGAGGAACAUCAGAGAGUUUGAAGAGGAGAAGGUGAAGAGGCAGAAUGAAAUUGCAAAGAAGCGUCUUGAGUUUGAGACCCAGAAGACCCGUCUGGGUAUCCAGGUAGACUAUGAGAAGAACCAGCUAAAGGAGGACCAAGAAAAGGUCAUGAUGUGGGAGCAGACAGUCAAAAAGGAUGAGGCUGAAAUCGAGCGACUUAAAAAGGAGGAACACAGGCACAUGAAGAUCAUUGAUGAGACAAUGGCCCAGCUGCAGGACCUGAAAAAUCAGCACCUUACCAAAAAAUCUGAGGUCAAUGAUAAAAACCAUGAAAUGGAGGAGAUUCGCAAAAAACUGGGUGGAGCCAACAAGGAGUUAACUCAACUCCAGAAGGAAGUGACAGCCAUUGAGACUAAACUGGAGCAGAAACGCAGCGAUCGUCACAACUUGUUGCAAGCCUGCAAAAUGCAGGAUAUCAGGUUGCCUCUUAGAUCUGGAACAAUGGAUGAUAUCAGCCAGGGAGAGGGGAGCUCCCAGACAGAUGAGUCAAGCAGUCAGAGGACCUCCAGCAGUGUUCUGGCUAAAGAAGCUCUCAUCGAGAUAGACUACAGCAACCUGUCUGAGGACCUGAAGGAUGCCCUGUCAGAGGAAGAGAUAAAAGCAGAGACAAACACACUGCAGCAGCGUCUGAAUGAACAGCAGAGCAUCCUACAAAGGAUCAGUGCACCCAACAUGAAGGCCAUGGAGAAGCUUGAGAGUGUCAGGGAUAAGUUCCAAGAGACAAGUGACGAGUUUGAAGCUGCCCGUAAAAGAGCCAAGAAGGCCAAACAAGCCUUUGAGCAAAUCAAGAAAGAAAGAUUUGACCGCUUCAAUACCUGCUUUGACUCUGUGGCCACAAACAUUGAUGAGAUCUACAAAGCACUCUCACGGAACAGCAGCGCUCAGGCUUUUCUGGGUCCGGAAAACCCAGAGGAACCAUACCUUGAUGGUAUCAACUAUAACUGUGUGGCUCCAGGGAAGCGUUUCAGACCCAUGGAUAAUCUGUCUGGAGGAGAGAAGACUGUAGCUGCUCUUGCUCUGCUCUUUGCCAUUCACAGUUAUAAACCCGCCCCCUUCUUUGUCCUGGAUGAGAUUGAUGCUGCUCUUGAUAACACUAACAUUGGGAAGGUGGCCAACUACAUAAAGGACCAGUCGGUGGAGAACUUCCAGGCUAUUGUCAUUUCUCUGAAGGAAGAGUUCUACACCAAGGCAGAUUCUCUCAUUGGUGUUUAUCCAGAGCAAGGGGACUGUGUUAUCAGCAAAGUGUUAACCUUUGACCUCUCUCAGUAUCCUGAUGCCAACCCAAAUCCCAACGAAUAACCAGCACAGGCAUCUUGGCAAGUUGGAUGUUCCCUUUGCUCUUCUCUCCAAAUUACUUGUGUGUAGACAGAACGUGUCAGCUGGGUCCCACAUGGUAGUUAUGAUAGUUAUUUUUAACUAUAUUUCUUGUUUUUGAUAUUUUAGAGCAGUGACUUGGGAAGUUGUUUUUUUUUAAUGUGUAACUUUGGGGGGAGCUGGUACCUCAUGGCUGUUCUUCAUGCAGCAGCAACCAUGUACAUGUAUUUAAAGCAGCUCUUUUUAAUCACUUGAUAAAAUGUGACUGUUUUGUUUUGAGACUCUUGUAUUGGUCACAGCCCUCUUUACAGUUGUGUGCUUAAAGCUCUCACCUGUCCUCUGUUGUGUGUAUGAUAAAAUGUUUGCAUUUUGAUAUGUGCUGGUCUUAAUGAUGGCAGCUGUAUGGUAGACACAUUCCUGUCUGUGAUUGUGAGCUACAGCUGGCCGGGCAGAAAUAAAUCAUGUUUAGCGAAGCUGACUUCAUAGUGAUUGGAACAGAAAAAUACGGAUUUGGAAAAGCUAUAUGACUGUCUCUUUAUAUUUCUUUAUUAACAUGUUCAGCUUUAGGAAAAUUAAAAACUGAGAAUAUUCAGUUA